CUGAGGUGGAUUGAUUUUAGCAAUCUUAAAAAAUAAAAGAUUUCCUGCAGUAUUAGUCAUGUGAAGUUCUUUGCAAUGGUUCUCACAUGGCUUUUAUGCCUCAAUAGAUAUUAAAAACUGAGAAAUCAGAAGCAAGAAACUAUUCGGUGCCUACAGAAGUGAAACCACCACAUCUGUUCAUCCUUCUGAGGUACAGAUCUGAGUGGGAUAGAGGUACAGGUGUUCACUGUUCAAGUAUAACUUGCAACAUAAGGAAAUGGAGAAGGUGAUGAGUCUGAUGACCAUUCUGAAGCCUAAGCCAAAUCCACAGCAGCUUCUGAGGGAAUGGCAGCGCAGGCUUCGCCAAGAGUGUCGCAACAUUGAGCGGCAAAUUGGCGAUAUACAGAGAGAAGAAAAAAAUGUGCAGAAGGCGAUUAGAGAAGCUGCCAAGAUGAAUGACAUUGGCUCUGCAAAGGCACUCGCUAAGGAACUUGUGAGAUCUAGAAAAACAGUGAACCGGCUUCAUGAAAAUAAGGCACAAUUGAAUUCAAUAUCAAUGCAUCUCGGAGAGAGUGUUGCUAUUGCUCGUACUGUGGGACAUCUAUCAAAGAGUGCUGAGGUUAUGAAACUCGUUAAUAACCUCAUGAAGGCUCCUGAAAUGGCUGUAGCAAUGCAAGAGUUCAGCAAAGAAAUGACAAAGGGAUGUUGCAACACUUCAAGGGCAGGCAUUAUUGAGGAGAUAGUAAAUGAUGCUGUUGACACAGCACUAGACUCCGAGGACAUAGAAGACGAGAUGGAAGAAGAAGUUGAUAAAGUCUUAACUGCUAUAGCUGGUGAGACAGCCGCGCAACUUCCUGAAUCUGUGAGGAAAGUAAAGCUGAAGCAACCUGCUCAAAGCGUUGGAGCCACAGAGGACGUGGCUAUAGCCGAGGGUGUUGAUGAUGAGGAAGAAAUGGAAGAAAUAAGGGCUCGACUUGCUAAAGUUCGGUCACAAGUUUAGUCUUGCAGCCUCUACACUGCAUCUAUUUAACAUAUUUAGAUUAGAACAGGCGACUAAUAUUAUUGAUGGGAAAGAGAAAACUGACUGGGAUAGGCCGUUCGCGUGAUUAUCAAUGUAUAGAAUUUUUUAGUUUAUUAGAUUGAUUAAGUGCAAAACUGCAUUCACUGUUGAGGAUUUAUUGUACAGUGCUUAAAAUUGCCUUCAAGAAAAUAUGAGCUAAUUUCUUUUC